AUGGCAAACAAUAGCUUCAUCUCUGUUGUCACUAUUGGAUUGCUUCUUAUCAGCUUCAUCAAUAUCUCAGAAGUGGAAUCUAUUGGCGUGUCUUAUGGUAGGGUCGGAAAUAAUCUCCCUCCGGCAAAUGAAGUCAUCGGGCUCUACCAAAAUUUCGGAAUAAAUGGAAUUCGACUAUAUGAUACCAACCAUGACGUCCUUCAAGCCCUCAGAGGCACCAACAUAGCGGUCAUCAUUGACGUUCUUGAGCCCGAUGUCACUGCUAUCGCAAAAAGCGACCUUGCCGCUGCUGAAUGGGUUCGAGACAACAUUCUACCUUACUACCAAGAUGUGAACUUUCGUUACAUUGCUGUUGGCAACGAGCUCAUUCCUGGCUCUCAUCCAUAUGACAUCUCACCUGCAAUGAAUAAACUGCAAGCUGCAUUGCAGCAAGUUGGCCUCGACGGCAAGAUAAAGAUCUCAACAUCAGUCUCUACCGGCGUGUUGGGCAAUUCAUGGCCCCCCUCCAAAAGCUUCUUCUCCCCCAGCAUCACCUCGAAUCUCCAACCCAUUGUCAGCUUCCUUUCCCAGCAUGGCUCCCCACUCCUGGUCAACGUUUAUCCUUACUUUAGCGUGAUUGAAAGCAAAGGAAAAAUCACGCUUGACUACGCACUCUUCACUGCAAGUGAUACAGUGUUCAGUGACAACGGGUUGGAUUAUCAGAACUUAUUUGAUGCGAUAGUUGACGCGCUUUACACCUCGCUCGAGAACAUGGAAGGCGGCAGGAGUGUCAAUCUAGUGGUGUCGGAGACUGGUUGGCCGUCGGAUGGCGGGGGUGUGGCCACGUGGCAGAAUGCGCAGACUUACAUCUCUCAUCUGAUAGAUCAUGUUAAGCAAGGGACACCCAAGAAGCCGGGUGAAAUUGAAACCUAUAUAUUUUCUUUAUUUGACGAGAACCUUAAAAAUCCACCGGGGACAGAGAAUCAUUAUGGCCUCUUCACUCCAACCAAGCAACCCAAAUAUUCUCUCAAGAUUAAUUAA